AUGGGCAAUACUGGUAGUUCACUUACCGAUUUAAACUUAUUCUCUAAGGGUGGUAUUUUUACGCGAGAUCAAAUCGAUGAAUAUCAGGAUUGUACAUUUUUCACAAGAAAAGAUAUUAUACGGUUGUAUAAACGAUUCUAUGCACUGAAUCCAAUCAAAGUACCAACAAAUAUGCAAGGAAACCGUCCGGCUAUUAUAACAUUAUGUUUUGAAGAAAUUGAAAAAAUGCCUGAACUACGGGAAAAUCCGUUCCGGCGACGAAUUUGUCAAGUAUUUUCUGAUGAUGGCGCUGGAAAUUUAACAUUUGAUGAUUUUUUGGAUAUGUUUUCCGUAUUUAGUGAAAUGGCACCGCUACAACUCAAAUUGAAAUACGCAUUCCGAAUAUACGAUUUUGAUGGUGAUGAUCAGCUUGGUCACGAUGAUUUAAGCAAAAUUAUUCGAUGUUUAACGCGUGAUGAGUUAUCAGAUGAAGAAGUUGAAUUUAUCAUUGAAAGGGUAAUCGAAGAAGCAGAUCUCGAUGGUGAUGAGCAAAUAUCAUAUGCCGAAUUUGAACAUGUCGUUUCACGUUCACCAGAUUUCAUUCGUACUUUCCAUAUCCGUAUUUAA